UCGUAACGGUUAGACCACCUCCGGUCACGGAUAUAUCGUAGUCGUCGCGGCGCUCUCGAGACGACCACAAUUAUUUUCAAUCAAACUUUUACCGCGCAUACAUACAUAGUACUUAUUUAUAUAUUCUAAGGUCGCUCCCGGAGAAUCGCAUUCGUACCUUCCAUUGUCAUCGGUUCCAUCCCUAAGCCACGACGAUGUCGUCGCGGCUGCCGUGCGCCGUUUGCCUUUUUUUGCUUUUUAUUUCUACGGUCGACGGCGAAGAAAUCAACAGCGAACCGAAUACGCGCCUGCGAAACAGAAUACUCGAUUUGAUCGAUCUAUCGAUUCGUUAUUAUUUACACGCGGCUCAAGCAGACAAGGUUGACGCCAAUUUAAUGCUCGGUGUGUCCAUUAUGAAAGGUCAACUCAUGUCGUGUACCGAUCCUUAUGAACAUGAUUUCAAUCGAAUGCACGUUCUGAUGAAAAUUAUUAAUGAACUCUACUGGAUGUUUUACGAGAACAAAAACUACUCGGUGGAUUCGAAAACAAUAACGGUCAGCCGAAAGAUGUUCGAUCACAACCUCUGGACGUCCUCCUCCGAAAUCGUCCGUACGUCGCCGGGCACGUCACCGACGGCCCGAGGGCUGUUCGACGCAGACCGCGUGGCCGACGACGAUCUGUUCUACCGCAACAUAUCGGACGGAUGCAUUUUCCAAGCGGUCACCGCGUGCCGGACGACUCCCGAGUGCCUGGUGCCGGAGCUCGCGGCCGACGGCGUGUCCGGGUACGCGCUCACGCAUCAAGUGCUGUACGCUCAUGUUCUGAAAAAAAUGAAGUGUGUCGAUCCUGUUAUCGAAAUAAAGGUGGACGAAAUUAUACGUAAUAAAUGUGGCUUGAUUUACAACGAAGCAAUGUCAAUAGUGAACGAUGCCAUCGCACUGGAAAAAUAUAAAGAUUUGUUUAUCGAACAAAUUGCAAUAUGUGGAAUGCAAAACAUGGUGGAAUUCAUCAAGCCAGAAUGGUUAUCAAUUGUGGCAUCAGUAACCCACCUUGACUGCUACCAACACAAAAAUAACGAUUUGAAUUGCGACUCUCACUUAACAGGGGUGUCAUUGGCCUCGUUGGGAGUGUACUGGAAGUUUCUAUGCUACAAAGUCAACACAUACGGAGCCCAUUGAUUUUCAAAAUACUAUAAUUAUUUAAUAUCGGAUAAUAUACAUUUACCAUUUCAUUUUGGUCAUUAAGAUACAAUAUAUAAUAUGGAAGAUUUACAAUAUAAAAAUAUUUACAUAAUUUCAU